GAGAGAGUGAGUUCACAUUCACAAAUCACAAACACAACCAACCCCAAAAGAAACAAACAAAAACCAAUCCCUAAAGCCUAAAAAUAUGGUUGUAACCAACAACUGCUACAGCAUAUCAUAUGAUGGUGGAGAGAAAAACAGCAUCAUCAAUAUCCCAUUCCCAUCUCAUUCAUUUAUCACCUUUUUAUAUAUAUAUAUAUAUUUUCUUUUUCCAGCCCCUAAUCUAUUAUCUAUGUAUCUAUUCUAUACUAUUCUUCAAUUCAAAAUCAAAUACAAUAAAAACCCAUUCUUUCUUUUUCUAUCACUCUGACCCAUUCCAUUAUUUCUCUCUCUUACACAGACGCCAACAACAACAAAGAAGAAACAUGGAAACUCCACGCAACAAUCCUUUUUAUUUUUUUGUUCUCCAUCAAAAAAAUAAAAUCAAAGAGUCCACACCACUCUUUCUCUCUCAUCAAUGGCCCAGCUGGACCAAAAUUUAUGUUUGAAGAAAGAAAAACAAAAAAGAAACAAUGUUAUGUUAGAUUAGAUUAGAUGUGUUCAAUUGUCCUCCAACCAAACAAAUAAUGUUCCCCGUUUUACCCUUCUGCAAGACCCCAAAAAAUCCCAUCUUCAUCACUGCUCUUUCAUUUUUCACCGAGUUAUGUGGGCUUUUUCGGUUUCUUUCUCUUGGUCAGAGUUUCACAGAAACAAAGAAACCGAGAACCUUCUUAACCCUUUCUUUCUUUUCUCUCUUCCUUUAUUAUUCUUUUCUUUUCUUAUUCUCUCUCUAUUUCUCUCUCUUUCUCUUCCUCUUCCUCUUCCUUCUCUCUAUCUUCUACCUCCAUAGUUUUCUGUUUCUCUUUUCUUCUUUGAUAUGAUGAAGAAGAUGAAGGGUGUUUCUGCUUCCAUGAACCCUCCACCUGAUGUUUACAUGGAUCAUAGAUCCAUGAUGAGGCAUCAGAGUCUCUUGCAAGACUAUGAAGAUUUGAACAAGGAAACAGAAGCCAUGAGAAGGAAAUUGGAGGCUGUUAAGCAGAAAAAGUUGAUACUAUCGGCUGAAGUUCGAUUUUUAAGGCAACGUUACAAGUACUUGCUUAAACAUCCUCUUCCAAAGCCUCAACCUAAUCAAGAAGUUUUAAAGCCUCAGAAGCUCAAAAUCAAAGAGCCUAAGAUUGCAAAGGGAAGGAAUUACAAUAGAAAGGAAUCUACUUUGCGACCUCAUGCCGCUUCUAAAUUGAACCCAAAAGAAAGAGUUUUCAAUGGACGAGCUGUAGAAGACACACUGCAGAAAACUAGCCAUGUGUUUGACUUGAACCAGAACGGUAGGAGCUUGAAUAAAAAAGACGCUUCUUUUCAUAGUUCUGCUGCUCCUGUGCUUGACUCCAACCACAAAGAUAGGGUUCAAAGUGGAAAGGAAGCCGCCAAGAAGAGUGUAACUCCGUUCUUCGAUUUGAACCAGAUUUCGAGAGAAGAGGAGGAAUUGGAGGGAGAUAAUCAGUCCAUGUGGAUUGAAGAACAAAAGAAGAAUGCACAAAGAGUUGUGAAUGAAGAGCAGAUCAAUGAUAUCAAGCUUUCAGUUUGUAGAAACAUUGGAGAAGGAUCAAGUAGGGCGGGGAAAAGGAAGAUUACAUGGCAAGACCAAGUGGCAUUAAGGGUUUGAUCAUAUAAGUAGUACAGUUUGGCUUAACUCCGGCCAAUUUGGAAUGCGUAGCCUUCCGCCAUAUAAUAUGGUAGCAGAUUUUUACCUUCAACAAAACCAUUCUAGUUUUAUGUUUUCAUCUUGUAAAGAUAAAAUAUACUUCCCUAUAGAAUCAUGUCAUCAUAUGUUCAAUAUAUAUAAUAUUAGAUGGAAUGGAGAAUUUAACCCUUGAAAUCAUAUCUUUUCUCUUCAAA